CUCGCCGGAAUCCAUGGCGAAGCCGAACAGGCGCUGCUACUACGAGGUUCUCAGCGUCUCAAUCAACGCUACCGACGACGAGAUACGUUCUACCUUCCGCCGCCUCGCCCUCCGGAUCCACCCUGACAAGCAAGCCGCCAAUGGUGUCCCGAUCGCUGAGGCCACCGCCGCCUUCCAGGAUCUCCUACAAGCUUACGAGGUCCUCUCUGAUCCCAAGGAGCGCUCAUGGUACGAUUCUCAUCGAUCUCAGGUCCUCUCCUCCAAUCCCAAGUCCGCCGUGCCCUCCCGCUCCUCUUACUUUUCCCGUCACUCCAAUCUCGAUCUAGAGAAUUUCUUCUCGCCGUCAUGCUUCUCUGGCUUCUCCGACUCGGGCAAGGGUUUCUUCAAGGUAUACGGCGAUGUCUUCACUCUGAUCCACUCUCAAGAGCUCUACUUCGCCAAAAAAUUGGGAUUAGGGUUUGAUCGCCCUCCUCAAAUUGGCAAUGUCUACAGCCCUUACUCCGAAUUCAUGGCGUUCUACGACUACUGGUUAGGGUUUUCCACUGUGAUUGAUUUCGAUUGGGUUUAUGAUCAAGAGGAAGCAAAGAAUGACCGGAAUUUGUUGGUUCGAGAGCUGGUGGUGCUUGUUAGGAAUUUGGAUAAGAGGAUCAUUGAUUUGAAGGGGAAGGAGAGUGAGCAGGAUGAGAAGCUUCGUGAGAAGAAGAGAUUAAAGAAGAAGGAAAAGGAGGAGGAGAUGGAGGAGGAGGGGAUUUGGUAUAACACUCUUUCCGCUCAUCAGAAGAUGUUCGUCGAUAAUCUUCGAAAGAAAAGGAACACGAAUACGAAGUUUACAAUGGAGAAGUUGCAAGCAAUGAUAAAAGAGAUGCAGAAGAAGCAGGAGAAGAAGAAUAAGAAGAAGAAGAAGUCUGAGAGGAUGAAAGCAAAUAAAGAAAAUGAGAUUUAUGAUGAGUGUGAUGAUGAUGAAGAGAAGAAGGAAAGGGAUAGAAGGAGAAGUGAAGGGACUGAACUUGAUUCUAAUAAUAAUGAUGAUAAUAGGACUAAUAACCCCAAUGCAAAUGGACACUAA